AUGGAAACUGAUAAUCUACUUCAAAAGGAAUAAGAUUCGAUAUAAUAAAGAAAUUAUUCUGAUUUAAAUAGAGACUCAAGUACAUAGUUAGAACAUUAAAAUAUACCUGACAACCAUUCUGAUACAUCUACUGCAAGAAGAGCUAGAGAUGAAUCUCUACAUAAAAGAAUAUUGAUAAUAGCAGCAGUAAUUUAUAUGAUGAUGUUUUUGGCUUUACUGAUUGUUUUUGCUGCUGUUGAGCCUUUUAGAGUUUGGUAUAUAGAUUUGAUUUAUCAAUUAAAGGAAAAUAACAUAUAGGCUUAUGUUACUGUAUUUUUCGUAGGAUUAAUUUGUCUCAUUGUAGGUAUACCUAUAUUUAUAAUCGAAACUAUGAUUGGCUAUAUUGUAAAGCCUUUAAUUUACGGAAUUUUACUAAUAGUAGCAUUCAAAAUGACAGGAUUAUCUAUCACAUUUUUAUUGGGGAGAUAUAUUUUCAGAGAUAAGUUAAGAGCUUUAAUAUAAGAUAAUGAAUAUCUAGAAGCUUUUUCAGAUCAUGCGUCUGAGCAUCCUUUCAAGAUUGCCUUCUUUUUAAGAGUAAUAACGAUUUUCCCUCCAAUAUUAUAAGAUUAUGGAAUGGGAAUAAUGAAAAUUACUUAUAAAUAAUUCUUUUUACCUGUGUUAUUGAGUAUAAUUAUUUUUGCUAUUUUCUAUGCAUAUAUCGGCAAAUCGAUCAAAAACAUUUAUGACAACUAUAACUCACCAAAGAAAGGAGAAGAAGCAUACAAAGAUCUUGCUAUUAACCUACUUUUUAUACUAUUUACUAUUAUCGUUAUUAGUUAUUUUGUAAAAUAAGUUUAAAAACGACUAGAAGCUGCAAAAGAAGAAACUAUAAGCUAGGUAUCUAGAGAGGAAGAUCAACACAGAGAAAGAGAAAUCUUUUGA